AUGCUCUCGCUCACUGUCUCGUCAAACCCAAGUGAGGUGAAACUUCAACUUGGUCAACCUCUCGGACAUGGCUCUUAUUCCUCCGUGUUCAAAGGUUAUCGGCUUUCUGCUCGUGGAGUCGUAGCUGUAAAAAAAUCCCGAGUCUCGCUCAGAGUCAAGCGCCCAUUUCUCCUGCAUGAAGCUCGAAUUCUUCAAAUGCUUCAAGGUCAUCGAGGCAUUGCGCAUAUGAUGGGCUACUACCGUGGACCGCACUUCGAGUACAUCGCCAUGGAGCUACUGGGAUGCACAAUCAAGGCCAAGCCAGGAUCGCUAUCCAACUUGUGUGUCCUCUUCAUCCUCGUUGCCGACUUCUCUGGACCGAUAGCCCAACAGUUUUCUGCUCUCGAAUACAUUCACUCCAAAGGCUUUGUGCAUCGCGAUAUCAAGCCAGCAAACAUCUUACUCUCCCUCACGGACCCCGCCACCAUCUGUCUCGUCGACUUUGGCAUCUCCCUCCCCACAGACGCCCCUAUCUUGCCGAAGAGGAGUUCACCUAGCGCGUCCACGCCCGAAUAUCCCAUUGGUACACUAGACUGGUGCAGCUUGAAUGCUCAUGACGGCCAUGUGCUUGGUCCGUCCGACGACCUCGAGUCGACGAUUUAUGCGCUCCUUUUCCUUCUCGGUGGCUCGGUUCCCUGGCGCAUACCAGAGUAUUACCAGCCGCCAUCUGUUUCAAUCGUCAGGGUGCAUGACUCCAAGCGCCAAUUCGUUGGCAGUAGCCUGGAAGCGGCAGACUCCGUCCUCGCUCGUCAGUUGGGAAAGAUACUCGACGAUGUCCGCAGACUCGAAGUGCCUUCCCAUGCCCAACUGGUCAACCUACUCAUCGCUGCCUCUGAAUGCACCCUCGAGCUCGAUAAGCAGCUCCCCUUAGACUGGACGCCAUGCUCUCCGCCGCCUAUCUUGAAACAGCUUUUAGAGCACCCACCGAAACCGAAAAUGGUUGUUGAAGAUGAGGAGGACUCCGAGGAAAUACCGGAGUCUCCCCAGGAAAACACUGGAUUGAGCGACUCUAGUUGUCGCUCAAGUUCGGACAGCGACCAUACAGGCAGCGCCAUCGUCUAUUCAUCUCUUUUUACUCGCCGGUCGACAGCAAGUUUGGAUGUGGACUCUGAAGGCGGUCCUCGAUAUCCAGACAGCAACCACUCCGACUUGGAGUACACUUGGUUCCCCCUCUACAACCGCGACCUGAGCCUCACCUUGCCGGAGAUCCAGGCAAAGAUAUGUGAUGCCGCUCUCCCGACAUGUUAUGUGGCGCCCGGCCAUCUCAAGUUUGGAUAUGAGCCAGUUUAUUCAGAAACUGACCAGAUGUGGCCCUUUGAACGCAUAGAAAAUCGUUGA